UUAGACAUAGUAGAGUGUUCAUCAUCUUCAUUCUGUGAAGAAUAGCAUUCUUAUAAUUGUUUUUAUUAGCGUCCUUUAACCCAAAGAAUGUGGGCCGUAACUCAAGAUGUAUCAUCAGCCGCUUUGGCAAAUAUUAAGGAAUCAAAUCAUAACCAAAGUGUUCAAUUUGGGCAAUUCGCUUCGUCAUUAGAUCGAUUGCCUGAUAAAAUUGUUUUGAAAAUAUUCACAUAUUUACCACAUCGUGAGAUUGGCCGUGUAGCUAGAGUUUGUCGUAAAUGGCGAAUGAUAGCUUGCGAUUCACGAUUAUGGACUCAUGUUUCACUUCGACCUGAAGUUUCAGGAUUACAUGUGACAAGUUUGGAAACAUUAUUGACAUUGAUUUCUAUGCGUUUCGGGCCAUCUUUACGAUACAUUGAAUUGCCUAUCGAAUUGAUCACUCAUACAGUUCUUCAUGAAUUGGCAAAUAAAUGUAUCAAUCUAUCUAGUAUGCUAUUGGAUUUUUCAACAGCUAUGCAAUUGCACGAUUUCAAUGAUUUGCAUUCGUUUCCAACAAAAUUACGGACAAUGUGUAUCUGUUUGUCCGAAGUUAUUUUCAUGGAAGGUUUUAUGAGAAAAAUUUAUAAUUUCAUCAAUGGUCUAGAGGUUUUACAUUUAAUCGGUACUUAUGAAAAAGCUGUCGAAGAUGAAGAAGAAGAAAUCUAUGAAGUUGUCAACAUCCAUAAGCUCAAAAGUGCUGUACCAAAUUUGCGUGUUGUAAAUUUAUUUGGCAUCAAUUUUGUCGAUGAUAGCCAUGUUGAAUCCUUGAGUAGCAAUUGUAUUCAGCUAGAAUGUUUAGCAUUGAAUUUUUGCGUCAAAUUCACGGGCAGUGUUUUAAAGACUCUUUUCAAUCGUUGUAAACGGUUGCGAUGUCUGUUGAUGCAACAUACAAACCUCCAAGAUGAACACAUGAUGAAUGUGGAAUGGGAAAAAACAUGUUUAGCAGAACUGGAUAUAACAGCUACUGAAUUAUCAUCCGAAUGUUUAAUUAAUGUACUUUGUCGGAUACCAUCGUUACGAUAUUUGAGCGCCGGUCAACAAGAUUGUUUUACCGACAUUGUUCUCAAAGAAUUCAUUGAAAAUGGCAAUUCAAAAUCAUUGAUUGCUUUGGACUUGGAUCGCAAUGAAAAUCUUUCUGAAGAUAUAUUAAUGAAAUUCCUCAAAAAUCAAGCUUCAAAUCUGCGUGGUCUUCAAUUAUCUGGUAUACCGCAUUUGACUGAACAAUUCUGGACUGUUAUUAUUCCAGCAUUGAAGAAUAUUCGAAUAUUAGUGGUUGGAAUGCCCGAAGGAUGCUGUCAAAAAAUACAUCAAAAAAUUCAUAUUGAUUCAUUGAUCGAUUCGAUUGCUAAUAAUUGCGCAAACAUUGAACGUUUGGAAAUUCGUUGGGAUCCGGAAACACUUCGUUUCUCUGAUCGAAGUAACAAAGCUGUCGAUUCCAUACGACUAAAAUGUUUGCGAUUACGCUGCUGGUGUCUUAGUGAUGGAAAAUAUUUUGAAAUGGUUAAAAGUAAUUUUGAACGUGCCGAUAGAGCUAAAGUGGUUCGUUCCACAACCAAUUGUCGUGUUACAUUAGUUUAUUUGUUAAGCCAUUACAGAGAUCUUAUCUUCAAUUGAUGAGCAAAAUUAUUUAAAAAUUCCAGACCCCGAGGAAAAAAAGUUAUCAAAAUUAUCAAAACAUAAUUGAUCGCUAAUCAUU